AUGGAUCCUAACAUUCCUGAAACGGGAGAACAACAAAUGAAAUCCUUAUAUCCGGACCAGGAAACUUGUUGUGUGAAAAUAUGUGGAUCUCUCAAAGAUGGACUUUGCAUAAAUGAAAAAAAAGGAUCGAAAAAAUGCAAAAAUGAAAAUUUAAUUAGUUACGAGGAAGCUUUGGACCAAUCCGCGGAAUGCGGUGCCAGCGAUUUAUUAGGAUCCCGCGUGCCUACGAUGGAAUGCACAGCCUCCGAACCUUAUAAUUCACCACAUAAAUUAGGAUCCGGAGCCCAAAAGUAUUCGUACGACACUACUUCUAUUAUUAUUAUUAUUAUUAUUUUAAUUUUAAUUUGA